ACAUUGUCCCUACGCAGCCUCCGUAGUAGGAAUUUGCUUGCCUCAGGCAACCCAUGCGUUGUUUACAGGCAUGCCAAUGAAGACUGUCCUCGUUCUCUUUUGGUGACAGUUGAUUAAAACUUAACCACCUUCAUCGACUAACGUCUAUCCAAGAGUAGAAAAGAUGGCAGACAAGGCACCUUCUGUUGCCAUGGAGGCUGUCCUCAAGCCUAGCUGCGAUCUCCCGGAGGACAUGCCAAAGAUCAGAGGCUACGACUUCAAUCAAGGGGUCGAUCUCCAGGCAGUGUUGAAAUCCUACCUCACCACGGGGUUCCAGGCCAGCAGGUUGGGUUUGGCCAUCCAGGAGAUCAACCAAAUGAUAGAGAAGCGUCUUGAGCCAGUGGAGGCAGACGAAGGAAAUGAAAAUAAAGAGUCUGGUGAAACAUCCUGCAAGUCCGGCUGCACCAUCUUCCUGGGUUACACCUCCAAUCUCAUCAGCUCCGGUGUCCGAGAGAGCAUCCGCUACCUGGCAGAGCACAAAAUGGUGGAUGUGAUUGUGACCACAGCUGGAGGCAUAGAGGAGGAUUUCAUCAAGUGUCUGGCUCACACAUACUUGGGAGACUUCAGCCUGCCGGGCAAGGAUCUCCGCCAGAGGGGCAUCAACAGGAUAGGGAAUCUGUUGGUGCCCAAUGACAACUACUGUAAGUUUGAAGACUGGCUGAUGCCCAUCCUGGACCAGAUGCUGUUGGAGCAGAACACAGAGGGCACCCGUUGGACCCCCUCCAAAAUGAUACAUCGACUUGGCAAGGAGAUCAAUAAUACUGACUCUGUCUAUUAUUGGGCAUACAAGAAUAACAUUCCAGUGUUCAGCCCUGCACUGACAGACGGCUCUCUGGGCGACAUGAUCUACUUCCACUCCUUCAGGAACCCCGGCUUAGUUUUGGACCUAGUGGAAGAUAUCCGCAAGAUUAACAGCCAGGCGGUGUUUGCCAAAAGGACGGGAAUGAUCAUCCUGGGAGGAGGGCUGGUCAAACACCAUAUAGCCAAUGCUAAUCUUAUGAGGAAUGGAGCUGACUAUGCGGUGUUUGUGAACACGGGCCAGGAGUUCGAUGGCUCUGAUUCUGGGGCCAGACCCGAUGAAGCUGUAUCCUGGGGCAAGAUCAGAACAGAUGCCAAACCUGUAAAGGUGUAUGCAGAUGCUUCUCUGGUCUUCCCUCUGAUAGUGGCCGAGACCUUCGCUCUCCACUCUGACAAGCUGACUGCCGGCAAGAAAACAGACUAAAUAAUUGCCCCCUUAAACACGUUUUAGAAAAACAACAACCACCUUGUUUGACUCACUGCAGACAUGAGUUUGAUCCUCUGGCCUGUUGAAAAUACGUUUUUGGAAUGGUGCAAAAGAAGCAGCAUUUAAUACAACGCUGCAGUGAAAACAUUAUUUUAUGGGAGUCUGUGGUGAAAGUCUUCUGUCUUAAUGUUCUCCAUAACAAUAUUUAUUUGUUAAAACAAGUACAGUUUUUUUCCUGUAUCCCCAGAUUACAGAAAUAGCAUGGGUAGCAUGCUAUUGCAUGUACCAAAGAGACUGUCUAAAAUGCAUCAGGUUUUAGGUGGAUGCGCAUAAAUAUUCUAGUUUUAUAUCCGUGUAUGAGUGUGUUUGUGUGGGUGAGAGAGAAUAGAUAUACACAUCAUGAGGCUUGUUAGUCAACUGAGCAUUUUGAUUUAUUACGUUUUAUUUGUGGUACGACACACAGUCACAUCACUUGGAAUAUUCCCUUAUUGCUUUUCAGUUUUGAUAUGUUCCGAGCCUGUAUCUUACUGCCACUGUUACAGGAAGAACAUGUGCCUACAUGUCUUAAUAAACCAUAAAUAAAUCAUUUCUUUCUGCUUUUAAGCAGGGUUUUAGUAGACUAUUAGAAAUAGUGCAGUAGGUCUGUGAGAAGGCCACAAGGGGUCCACUUCGUGACACACAAUUCACAUGACUAUGUGUGUGAUCAUUGUUGUAUAAAAGGAUUUUUUUUUUUGCCUUGCAGGACAGACAAGGCAUUACUGCUGACCUAUUAUUAAAGUUUGAAGCUCUUCAGUUGCAUCUGAACCGCAUCUAAAAAUAUAAUAAAAUUAACCAGUAGUAACAGCAAGAAAGUGUAGCUCUUAGUCUCCACUUCAUUAGGAACAUAAAAUCUAUUGUCAAUACAAUCCGGUCUUAAUGAAGUUGAUAAUCAGUUUUUGGUGACAUUCGAGGAAAUGUGUAAAUUGAACUACAUUGCCUGUCAUUGAGGUUAUAGUUAUAAUUUGACCGUGUCAACAUACUCAGAACAUUAUAGGCAUCAUAAAAGCAAACUUUAUGGCAGAACAGUUGAGCUGGAUUGAAGUGGAGCAAGGGUGCAAAAACUUGGAGGGCAAAAAUGAAACUUGAUGAUAGGCCAGUGGCCAAAGGCUAGUAACAUCUGGUGCCCUGCAGGCCACAUUUUGGCCAGCCCUGAAUCAGAAUGUACAGUUAUAUCUAAUUAAGUAGACACUGAGUUUAUCUAAUUUAUAAGCCUUCAAUUUUACAACCUGUUUUUUGUGUAAUUGAGAGACUCAAACUUGUUCUCUGAUUCAGCUUCCACCCUUUACUGUUUAUUUAACUGGGACAAUGCACAAUACAUCCAUUGUACCAGACACAGUUAGAUGCUAAUUUUCAACUUAAAAGUCCCUUGGUGGAGGUCACCCCUGAUGCGCAGGUUAUGCAGGUUGUAGUAAAUGAAAACUUUACACUUUGUAAAUAAAGGUCAUAUGAAUAACUAAGAAAUGGGACAUAGAAUAAGACAAUACAGUAUAGUACAGUUCAUCAGUACAAGCACCAACCAAACACUGUUGUUUAGUUUCAUUACUGCGGACCUGACUGUCGUAUAACCAUCCUACCAAACUAACUUCAAUAUAGUUAAAAAUGUUGCACUCUCUGUUACUCAGUGGUAAAGAUCUCUACUUCCUGGCUGCCUUAACUGAGCAGUUUUGCCCAAAUGUUGCAGAUCUAACGUAAAAGUCCCUUCUAGCAGAAGCUCAUUGUCCUUGAGCCAGCUUUACAUGAUGUCCCAAACGUUUUAAAGAUUGUGCUGCUGAAUUGUGAAUAAUUAUAUAAUAAACCAAUACUGGCCAUAAAGAGAAAAGAUUGUAAUUUGAUGAGAAUUAGGUUUGUAUCCAUGGUGAUAAUGAUUUUCACUGCUUGCCUUAUACAGACAAUAGUAUGUGACUGCAAUAAUACACUAUUUGUAUGGGACCAAGUUGUAAUACAGCAUGCAUGUACAGCAGUUUGAUUCCUCAUAAAUCUCAUUUUAGCAUGGUUGUAUUUAUUCCUAUGGUUAAUAAAAAAUGAAAAACA